AUGACCAAGAGCACGGCCGACCCUGACUCCAGGCCCAGCGAGCUGCAGACAGAGCCUGCUGCCAGCACAGUGUCCUCUGAGCUCGCUGCAACCUGUGACCAGGCAGCGGCCGAGGGCAGGGCAGAGGCUGACAUGGCCCUGACUGAGGGCAUGGCCACCUCAAACAACCAGACUCAGGCCAUGCCACAGACUGACGCCAUGACUGCACGAACUGUGCUAGCCACGGUGAAGGACAUUCUACAGAGACUCACGUCCUGUGACACUGUGGAUGCCGAGCUGCAAAUGGAUAUUGUGAGCCUGACUGAAAAACACCCUGCUCACGUGGUGAUGAGCCUCCUGCACUGUGCCCCAUUGUGUGACAGAGCUGCCACACUGAUGUGGAGGGCCAUGGGCACCUCAGAAGUAGCUGCGGAGGAGGUGCUUCCAGCACUGCUCUCUGUGCUAGAGAAGCAGCCACCGUACGGCACGUUCUUCUGCAGCAGGGACGAGGCCGUCUUUGCCCUGGCUGCAACUCUGGUGCUGUGGAGGAUUGCCCCCAUGUCUGAGUGGCACUACGGAAUACUCCUUCAUUCUCCCCAGCUGUUUGUGGAUCUGCUCUUGCAAAUUUUCAUCACCACAGAGCAGAUGCCAGAGAAUGUUCAGAACUUCUGGAGAGUGUGCCAGGAGGAACACGGCCUUCCCAGCGACCCCAACAGGUUUGCAGCACAGACCAUGAAGGCUCUACUCUCCCAGCUGGGCUUUGACAAGAAGCUGGUGGCUCUGGAGCACCUGCAGGUCUGGGACACCCUGCUCUGUGCCGACACCCAGCAUGAGGCAGCAGGCCUGCUGGCCAGGGAGAUGCGCUGUGGCUUGAGCCCCCUGUGUCCCCACAUGGCCUCGCACCUGCUCAGCCUGCUCAUCGGGAAGCAGCCACGCUGGGAUCUGCCUGCCCUGGCGUUCUUGGUGGAGGCACCUGCUGAGUGA